AUAUGCAUAUCUUAGCUUCUGGGCCUGAGUAGCAGGCAGUUUACCCUGGGCACCUUAUUCAUCCAAGCUACUCAAUACUGCCCCCCAGCCAUAAGAAGUUUUAAGGAGCAGGAGCUCUCCAACAAGAACCUCAUCAAGGGCCUCAAACUGGUGCAUGGCGUCCUCACUCUUUCUGUCAGUAUGCGCUUCUCACCACCCAGAUCAAUGUUCUGCCAUUUUAUCAUAUUUGCUUUCCACACACGUCUAUGGUGACAUUCCAUUGAUUGUAAAUUCUUUCAAUUUCUGUUUCAACAGAAAAACGACCAGGAAAUUACCAAAACGAGAAAUUACUUUGAGAGACAAGUGCGAGAAAUUGAAGCCAAGUAUGAGACGAAGAUGCAGAUGCUGCGUCAGGAGCAGGACCUGAGGAGGAAGACGGAGAUCGAGGAGAGGAAGAACAGCCAGAUCAACACGCUGAUGAAGAACCACGAGAAGGCUUUCAGCGACAUCAAGAACUACUACAACGACAUCACCCUUAACAACCUGUCCCUCAUCAACUCACUCAAGGCUAGCAAUACCACAACAAUAUCAGCUAAUAAGCAAGGUUUUUGUUCUACUCAAUAACAAUAACCUAGGAUCAAUCCACUAACUGAGUAUUAGAAAUUCCUCAACGUACAGUAUCAUCAAACCUAACCUAGGCUUCAUCAACUCACAACUCACUUGUGUAUUACAAGACAAUAACAGAGAGGUGUAUGAUUAUUGAUAGGUCCUGAUCUUUAGCAGAAGGGUUCACUGUGUGUUGUGCAUGACUGACAGUGGCCAGGGUUUGGAGCCCCGGAGGGCAAACACAUCAAUCCAAUACAAGCUAGUAACCAGUUGUUUACAUGGCCUGUGUGUGUCUGUCAGGAACAAAUGUAGGAGAUGAAGAGGAAGGAGGAGCGUCUGGAGAAGGACAUGGCAGAGGUGCUGCUGCAGAACAAGCGCCUGACGGAGCCCCUAUAGAGGGCCAAGGAGGAGGUGACCGAGCUGCAGAAACAACUGGCCAACUACGAGAAGGACAAGACCUCACUGACGGGGGCCAAGGCACGUCUGAAGGUCGCAGAUAAGGAGAUGAAAGACCUGAAGUGGGAACACGAAGUGCUGGAACAGAGGUUUAGUAAGGUCCAGGUGGAGCGUGAUGACCUCUAUAAGAAGUUCACCCAGGCCAUCCAGGAGGUGCAGCAGAAGAGUGGCUUUAUGAACCUCCUGUUGGAGAGGAAACUGGGGGCUCUGACCAACACCCUGGAGAAGAAGGAGGCUCAGCUCAACGCCCUCGUCGUGGUCACACGCAAACUGGAGGUAUGCUACCCUCCCUGGGAUACCUAACCCUAGCUUCAUGUCCACAUCCUGGUUCAGCCCUAACUCAACCACAACCCUAGCUUCAUGACCACAUCCUAGUUCAGCCCUAACUCUGAACCCUAACCCUAACCCUAGCUUCAUGACCACAUCCUGGUUCAGCCCUAACUCUCAGCCCUAACCCUAGCUUCAUGUCCACAUCCUGGUUCAGCCCUAACUCUCAAUCACAACCCUAGCUUCAUGUCCACAUCCUGGUUCAGCCCUAACUCUCAACCCUAACCCUAGGUUCAUGACCACAUCCUGGUUCAACCCUAACUCUCAACCACAACCCUAACCCCAGCUUCAUGACCACAUCCUGUUUCAGCCCUAACUCUCAACCCUAACCCUAACUUCAUGACCACAUCCUGGUUCAGCCCUAACUCUCAACCACAACCCUUAACCCUAGCUUCAUGUAGGGUUUUUGGAUGAAUGCCAAAAAUAAGGUCUGGUUAACACAAGUUAAGGAGAUUUUACAUGUUUUGUUCUACACGAUAAUCUUCAUCAGCUAACAUCACUUUUGUGAAUUAUUAAGCAUUUAUGUAAUGAAAUAAAAGACACCCAAAGGCUUCAUAAGUCAUAAAGAUCACGUUAACUGGCUGAUAUCUCAUAGAAAAAUUAUCUCAUGUGUUACUUUCCCCAGUUUCUGUGUUGUUGUGGGUUUGUAUGUGUGUGUAUUUCAGGAAAUGGCUUCCUGGAAUCCUAAAGCAACUGAUUGGUCGGCCCCAUCGCUGGCUAGACCUCUGACCCCCCCUCUCAUUAGGGGAAACAGCUCCAAUUACCAACUCCUUCUCCGGCUUGGUUUCCUUUGUCAGAAGAGAGCUUAUUUUUAUGUCCUGUGUUGAUUUUUGUGGCGGUCAGUGAAACGUUUGUGGAUAUUAUUUUGUAGCCGCUCCUUCUGAGGGGAAGGAGAACGCACCUUGGGAGUGUUUAGGCAAGAGGACUGAAGGAAUACAUAACCCAUAGUAUUUAAUCUGUCUAUUCACACUAGAUCCUUUUCCCCACCUUACUGUGUUAAGGAAUAAUACAUUCCUUGUAAAUGGUAUUUUUCUCGUCCUGUCAUCCUUCCCUGCACCUACGAUCACAUACUUUUUCACUCCACGAGGAGUUGAGAUGUAGCAGGAUGUUCCUCCAGGAGGCGUACGUAACACAUACGUGAAUGGAUAAUCUAUCUGGCACCACUAUGAUGUAUCAGGGCAGAAGAGUCCUCGCAUGGAUAAGUCUGAGCCUGUUUGUGAGUUUCCAUACAGUCGAAGGCGACAGAGAGAGCCUCUUCCAGCUUCAUACUAGUUAUGGUCAGGUGGAGGGCAGACUGGUCAGAGUGAGAGAGAGCCAGAGGAAGGUGGCUGCCUACCUGGGGAUCCCCUUCGCUGAGCCCCCUGUCGGGCCCCUGAGGUUCCAGGCCCCCCGGCCUCCCCGAGUGUGGCAGGGACUAAGAGAUGCCAAGGCUUACCCCCCUCUGUGUCUGCAGAACAUGAACCACACUAGACAAAUGGUGGACCUGUACGGAGGUCGGUUCCCUGUCCUAACCACCUCAGAGGACUGCCUUUACCUGAACAUCUACACACCAGUCAAACCUGGGGACCCAAGGAAACUACCAGUGAUGAUUUGGAUCCAUGGUGGAGGCUUUCUCAUGGGAGGGGCUUCACUCUAUGAUGGCUCCUCAUUGGCUGCCUUCGGGGACGUUGUGGUGGUCAUCCUUCAAUACCGUCUGGGUAUCCCAGGGUUCCUCAGCACAGGGGAUGGCCAGUACCCCGGGAACGUGGGUAUUCUGGACCAGGUGUGUGCCCUGCGCUGGGUGCAGGAGACCAUCAGCAGUUUUGGGGGAGACCCAGGAUCUGUCACCAUUUUCGGAGAGUCUGCUGGGGGUGUUGCCAUCUUUUUACAUAUGAUGUCCCCUCUGUCAUCAGGACUGUUCCACAAGGCCAUCAGUCAGAGUGGAGUACCCCUCAUUUCUCUGUUCAUCCAGGAUGACCCCAAACCUGCUGCACAGCUGGUGGCACAGAGAGCAGGAUGUCCCAGUGAUGACUCUGCAGAGCUCAUGACCUGCCUCAGUACCCUCAGCCCACAAGACAUAGAGGCGGCUACACCUGCAAUGGGGGAUAUGGUUCUGUCUGUGCACAGGGAUGGGACAGUUAUCCCUACCAAUCUGGAGGAAGUCCUGCAGACCAAGAGCUUCCUGGGCUUCCCCAGGAUCAUAGGGGUCAACAACCAUGAGUAUGGAUGGAUGCUCCCACAUUUUUUCCUUUUUCCUGGAUGGGAUCUUGGAAUGACCCGUGAAAACAUGAUGAUGAUCCUGGCGUUUAUGCUUCAGAAACUGCGUAUGCCAGACUCUGCCCUGGGGAUCAUCGUAGGGGAGUACUUUGGUGACAUGAAGGACCCCGUGGGGAUCAGAGAUGCCUUCUUGGAGCUUAUAGGAGAUCUACUGAUUGUGGUCCCUGGGAUCCAGGGAGCCAGAAGGUGUAGAGAUGCUGGUUGCUUGAUCUACUACUAUGAGUUCCAGCAGCGCCCCUCCAUGUUCACGUCCAGCAGGCCAGGCUUUGUGAAAGCAGACCACUUUGAUGAGGUUGGCUUUGUGUUUGGCGCCCCCUUUUGGACAGAUGACAUAGUGAUGUUAGAUAACACGACAGAUGAGGAACGACAGCUUAGCAGGACCAUGAUGAAAUACUGGACUAACUUUGCCAGAACAGGUAACCCUAACGGAGAGAAUAUGUUUGAUUGGCCAACAUUCACCACAGAAGAAGAGUGUCUACUGAUCCAGGCCAACCUCGGGCUGGGCAGUGUCUCAGAGAAGAAGAGAGCCCAGUUCUGGACAGAAGACUUCCCCAAAGGACUGCAGACUGCUGGACACAAAGAUGCACACAAUGACCUGUAGAGCUGAAUUUUCACUGUGUCAAAUGCUGUUCUAGGAGUGGCCAUGUUGUUUCCCUCCACUCCAGUGAUGUCAGUCUGCUAUUAGGUUACAGUAUAUGAGGCUUUCUUUGCCUUUUCCUUAUUUUGUAUCAUAUUUUGGCCAUUUCAAUAUUCCAGAUUUUCUGUAGUGGUUUGCUCUUCUAUUUUAUAUAUUAAUUGUUUUUGAUAUUGUGUAGCCUAUUUUUUUUAUCUUGCUGUGUUCAUAUGCCCAAUUAAAGCCAUACAAUCCAUAAAGUUUGACUGAUUUGAUGAUUGUCCUUCUGCUUAGUAAUAAAACAUUUAGACAUAUCUGAUAUGCUAAAUAAAUGUCUUGAGCACUG